AUGGCGUCGCCCCUUCCUGAGCAGUUGGAUUGUUCUGCGCCAGCCUUCACGGAGGACAACAGUGGGUGUUCCGAUGAAGAGCCAGCUGGGAGCAAGGACAGCUUCAGGAAAACAAGUCUUUUUGGUCAUGAGAGCCACGUCCCUAGUUCUGAAGUUCUUGAAGCAAUAGAAAAUGUUAUUGAAGAUGUAUUUAAAAGCUUGGCUCAAAAAAAAGCACCUGUUCUCACACUGGCUAACAGAUCAGGCUGGAGGAACAUAGAAUUUAAGGAUUCUGUAGGUCUACAGAUGAUACCACAUUGUACUACAAGACAAAUAAGAAGUGACUGCCCUAGAUCAGCAUCAAAAUUUGCUCUGAUGCUUAAAAUAUUAUCUAUGAUCUAUAAGAUGGUGCAGACCAAUACUUAUGCAACUAAAAGAGAUAUAUAUUAUUCAGAUACACUACUGUUUGGUAGCCAAAGUGUUGUGGACAAUAUAAUCAAUGACAUUUCUUGCAUGCUUAAGAUACCUCGGAGAAGUCUACAUGUACUGUCUACAACUAAAGGUUUUGUUGCUGGCAAUUUAAGUUACACUGAGGAAGAUGGUACAAAAGUGAAUUGUACCUGCAGUGCAACAGCAGUCACUGUGCCAUCUAAUGUUCAAGGAAUUAAAAAUUUAAUCUCACAUGCCAAAUUUAUGUUAAUUGUAGAAAAAGAUGCAACUUUUCAGAGACUCCUGGAUGAUGACUUCUGCAAUAAAUUGUCCCCAUGUAUAAUGAUUACGGGAAGAGGCGUACCAGAUCUUAAUACACGACUUUUGGUCAGAAAGCUGUGGGAUACUUUUCAACUUCCUAUUUUCACCCUUAUGGAUGCGGAUCCACACGGUGUGGAAAUAAUGUGCAUCUACAAAUAUGGAUCUGUGUCAAUGUCUUUUGAGGCCCAUCAUCUCACCGUUCCGUCUAUAAAGUGGCUUGGUCUCCUUCCAUCUGAUCUUGAGAGAUUAAAUAUACGCAAAGAUGCCCUGAUUCCAUUUACAAAGAGAGAUCAAAAUAAGUUAGCAAGUAUCCAAAAGAGACCUUACAUCGCCUGCCAGCCAACGUGGAAAAAAGAACUGGAAAUUAUGGCAGCAUCUAAACUGAAGGCUGAAAUUCAAGUUUUAACUUCUCUUUCAUCAGAUUACCUUUCCAGAGUCUAUUUACCAAACAAACUGCAAUUUGGUGGGUGGCUGUGA